AUUGUACAUGCUUUGUACUAUUCAAGUACUAUUUGUAGGUUGGCAACGUUGGCCUGACAGUAUUAAGAAUAACAUGUUACAUAAAAUAUAAUAAUAUUUAAUAUCUCAGAUAUAAAUGAUAUUAGGAUAUUGUGUAUACAAUUAUAAAAAAAAGAAAAUAAAUAAAUGAUGAUUGUACUCAUAUCUUUUGAAGUUUAAAGUUUAGAUUUUAAGAUUUCGUAUACUUUUUUAGGUUAUACAAUAUCACAAAGUAUCAUUAUGUUUAAUGUCAUAAAUAGUCAAUUAGCUAACAAAAAAAACUGUUAAGUAUAUUAAAUAACAUUAGUACAAUUAAUUGUGUUUUUGUUAUAUACAUUUAAAUUAAUCACCUUUAUUUUGAUCAAUAUGUUAGUUACUGAAAACGAUAGGUAUUUAAAGUGUAGAGACUAGAGUUGAAAAUGCAUUCAGAAAAAGUAAAAAAUCAGCCAAAAAUUAUAGUCCUUGGAUCUUGCAGCGUCGACUUUACAACAUAUUGUCCAAGGCUUCCAGCACCCGGUGAGACACUUCACGGCACUAAAUUCACGACGAGCUAUGGGGGAAAGGGGGCUAAUCAAUGCGUUGCUGCAGCUAAACUAGGCGGAAAUACGUAUAUGAUUUGUAGAGUAGGUGAUGACCAAUGGGGUAAGCAAUAUAAAGAACAUUUGAAAAAUUUAGGUGUGAAUGUUUCCCAUACUCAUAUAACCAAAGACAUUACGACUGGGAUUGCACAAAUAUCAGUUGCGGAAAAUGGGGAAAAUCAAAUAGUUAUUGUUGCUGGUGCUAAUAAUUCUUUAAGUAAACUUGAUGUAGAUCUUGCCAAGGAUCUUAUACGAGACGCUGAUUUAAUUAUUGGCCAACUAGAGACACCAUUUGAAACGACGUUAGAAGCGUUUAAACUAAAUAAUGGUAUAAAAUUGUUAAACGCAGCUCCAGCUAGGACUGAUAUUGGGGAAAUAUUGCCUUAUUGUACCAUAUUGUGUGUAAAUGAACCUGAAGCUUCUCUGAUAGUAAACUUCGAAGUCGAACUGUCUAAUGUAAAGGAGGCUCUCAAAAAAAUAUUAGAAUUUGGUUGUGACACAGUAAUAAUUACUAUGGGUGAAAAGGGUGCCGUCUAUUCAACAAAAAAAUAUUCAGAUUGUGUUCAUGUUUUGUGUGACAAAGUGAAACCAAAAGACACGACUGGUGCUGGUGAUGCCUUUGUUGGUGCUCUAGCAAAAUUUCUUACAGAUGAUAAAAGACAACCGUUACAUCAAAUAGUCGGAGCAGCGUGUGAAGUAGCUACAUUAUCGGUUACGAAAGAAGGCACGCAAACAAGCUACCCUGCUGAUUUUAGUUAUACUAACAAAAGAUAUGAUUAUGUAAUUCUAUAAUAUCGAAUAAUUUAGUAAAUUUUUAAUAAGAAAAUUAUUUAUGAAGGUUUAA